AUGGAAGAUCCAGUCUUCACUCAAAUCAAUCAAAAUACUAAGGACACCACUGUCUCUGAGGUUUCAGAUUCUGAGGAAAAUAAAGGGGGUGCUUUUUUUCAUCAUGUCCAUGAAGAUUCAGCAUCCCCCUUUUCCAUCACUAAUACCCCAGAAAACAUGGAUGGUAGUAAGGAGAACUCAGAAGAUAGCUGUAAUAAUUCUGUGGCCUCUCAGCAUGGAAGUGAUGGAGAAGAUGAUUCUUCAUCUCACCAUGGUGCUGAAGAAGAUUACCCACAGCAGCAGAUGCAUCUGAUGAGUCCAGCUCUGGAAGAUAAAGACAUAGAGGGCACAAUGUUUGCAAGCAACCUGCAUUUUCCUCCAGAUUUCCAGUUUCGUCAGAGACAGAGCAACUCUUCAACUUCCCUCAAGUUUCCCCUUAACAAUAAUGGAGAAACAAACAACUUUCAGGAAGAUUUGGAGAUUUCCAUUUUUGUAAAGGCUGGUAUAGAUGGAGAAAGCAUUGGGAACUGCCCAUUCUCCCAGCGUCUAUUCAUGAUCCUGUGGCUCAAAGGAGUUGUGUUCAAUGUCACCACUGUUGAUCUGAAAAGAAAGCCAGCUGACCUGCACAAUCUGGCUCCUGGGACCCACCCACCUUUCCUGACAUUUAAUGGAGAAGUCAAGACAGAUGUUAACAAGAUUGAGGAAUUCUUGGAAGAGAUUCUUGCACCUCCAAAGUACCCCAAGCUGGCUGCUAAGCAUCGGGAAUCAAACACUGCUGGAAUCGAUAUAUUUUCCAAAUUUUCUGCAUACAUCAAAAACACCAAGCAGCAGGAUAAUGCUGCACUUGAAAGGGGCUUGGUGAAGGCUCUGAAGAAGCUGGAUGACUACCUGAGAACUCCCCUGCCAGAGGAGAUUGAUGCAGACAGCACUGAAGAGGAAAAAGUGUCUAAACGCAAGUUUCUGGAUGGAGAUGACCUGACACUUGCUGACUGCAACCUUCUGCCCAAACUCCACGUUGUGAAGAUUGUUGCAAAGAAAUACCGCAACUUCGAGUUCCCGGCGGAGAUGACGGGGCUGUGGCGGUACCUGAAGAACGCGUACACCAGGGAUGAGUUCACCAACACCUGUGCAGCAGACAAAGAAAUCGAGCAAGCCUAUGCAGAUGUGGCCAAGAGGCUCAGCAAGUCCUAAGUGCCCCCAGCCAUGGCUCAGUAUCCCCUUUUACAGACUCUGCUCCUUGUUGCCUUAAGAUGUACUUUAUCGUUAUGCUGUCUGGUUGGCAUCUUUAUGACUUCCCAUGUUCCAAGUGUAUUGGGCAGGGACAAAUCUGCCUCUCCCUGGAGAAAAGAGAAGGCAGCUGUAGUGGGGGGGGUGGUCAGAGGGGGA